AUGUAUACAUCGAUAAUUCUGGUCGCCCUUACGUUGAUCUCUGCAAUAAACUGCCAAUGGGGAGGAGGUAACCAAGGCUGGGGACGACAACAAGGAGGUGGAGGAAAUCGGCAAGGCGGACAAGGAGGCUGGGGAGGUCAACAAGGCGGCGGAGGAAAUAGGCAAGGAGGCGGACCAGGAGGUCAAGGAGGCUGGGGUGGGCCACAAGGUGGAGGAUGGCAGGGAGGAGGCGGAGGACCAGGACAAGGAGGAUGGAAUGGUGGCGGACGUGGAGGAUGGGGUGGAGGAGGAGGUCCUGGCCGCUGGGGCGGCGGUGGUCCCGGUGGUAAUGGUGGCCGAGGAGGAUGGGGUCCAGGAGGGGGAGGAGGUUGGCCACGAGGCGGUGGAUGGGGCGGACGUGGAGGUCAGGAGCUCAGAGCACAGCCGGGACGUGCAUCCGGAGGCUGGCCCAAUGGAGGACAGCAAGGCGCCGGAAACAUCGGAGGAGGUCAACAAGGAGGAUGGCCCGGACAAGGAGGUGGAGGACAAGGUGUAGGCAGCUAUCAGCAAAAUGGUGGCAAACUUGGGGGUAUUUAUGGUAAGUCAUAUUUGACAUUCACAAGAAACAGAAUGUACGGCCGAGCUUUUUAG